GUCUCAGGCCCCCAGGCGGAGCGACAGGUCUCAGGCCCCCAGGCGGAGCGACAGGUCUCAGGCCCCCAGGCGGAGCGACAGGUCUCAGGCCCCCAGGCGGCGGGACUCGACAGGUCUCAGGCCCCCAGGCGGAGCGGCGGGCACCGAGUCACCAGCACGACAGUGGGCUCCGAGUCAACUGCCAUGACCGCUGGCACCCUGGGUCAGACAUUGGAUCGUCUGGCUGGACAGCGGGCAUCGGGUCACCAGGCAUCAGGUCAUUUGGCUCGACAGUGGGCACCGCGUCAUCUGGCAAGACAGUGGGCUCCCGAGUCACCAGGCACGACAGUGGGCUCUGAGUCAAUUGGCACGACAGCGGGCACUGGUCAUCAGGUACCACGGAUUGUCUGGCUCGACAGCGGGCAUCGGGUCAUCAGGUCAUUUGGCUCGCCAGCGGGCACCGCGUCAUCUGGCAAGGCAGGGGGCUCCAAGUCAACUGGUAUGACUGCGGCACUGGGUCAGAUAUUGGAUCGUCUGGCUGGACAGCGGGCAUUGGGUCACCAGGCAUCAGGUCAUUUGGCUCAACAGCGGGCACUGCGUCAUCUGGCAAGACAGUGGGCACCAAGUCACCAGGCACGACAGUGGGCUCUUGAGUCAAUUGGCACGACAGCGGGCACUGGGUCAUCAGGUACCGGAUUGUCUGGCUCGAAUUUUCUCGCUUUUUUUGGUUUUAACUACUGGAGCACUGCAAGUAAACGCAGGUCUGCAAACGAAUGGAGCAGCUGGAGACAGAGAAGAGCUGGAGGAUGGGACAGGGGAGGGAGCAGUUGCUACAGAGGCUUUUUUACAGGUUAAAGGCAGGAUAGGUGCAGCGGUGGAAACAGGUUACUGAACCCCUGCGGUAGAUAG